AUGGCAGAAACAUUUGGAAAAAUACUCAGACCAUUAUUACCAGAAACAAAGAAAAUAGAAGAUCUUCCUCUUGCAGUUACAUCAGACACGAAAAGAGAUCCUAAUAAUACUAUGAAAGUAAUUGCUUGGCGAGGCAAGAAAAAUUUAUCUGUUGAAGAUAUGCAAAAACCAUUGAUCACAGAUUCAAAAGAUGCUAUUAUUAGAGUUACGAGUGUUGCAAUUUGUGGUUCCGAUUUACAUUUAUACCAUGAAGAAUUCAGUGGUAUGCAUUCAGGUGAUGUUCUAGGUCAUGAAUUUAUGGGUAUUGUCGAAGAUAUUGGAACAGAUGUUAAAGAUAUUAAAAUAGGUCAACGUGUUGUCGUAAGUGCAGUUAUUGCCUGUGGUUACUGUGAAUAUUGCAAGAAAGAACAAUAUAGUGCUUGUGACAAUACUAAUCCAAGCAAAGAAAUGGAAGCAUUUAUUGGUCAUCGAUGUGCUGGUUUUUUUGGAUAUUCUCAUUUAACAGGUGGUUGGCAAGGUAGUCAAGCACAAUUUACACGUGUUCCAUUUGCUGACAUUAAUUUACUUCCUGUUCCUGAUAGUGUUACUGACGAACAAGUUGUCAUGUUGUCCGAUAUUGCAUGUACUGCUUGGCAUGCUAUGGAAUUAGGAGAAGUCAAAGAAGGACAAACUGUGGCAUUAUGGGGUUGUGGUCCUGUAGGACUUAUUGUUAUUAUGUGGGCUAAACAUCGAGGUGUCAAAAGAAUUAUUGCCAUCGAUCAUAUACCUAAACGUUUAGAAAAAGCACGUGAAUUAGGUGCUGAAACUAUUAACUAUGAUGAACAAUUGGUUAUUCCAACUAUGUUAGAAAUUUGUAAAGAUGGUCCAGAUGUAUGUAUUGAUGCAACAGGUUUUCGAUAUGCAAAAGAGACAAUACAUAAAAUUGAGCGUUUAUUAAGAUUAGAAACAGAUGCAACAUCUGCAAUUACAGAAGCUAUUUAUUUAGUUAAGAAAUUUGGUAAUAUUAGCGUUAUUGGUGAUUAUUAUGGUCUUACUAAUCAUUUUCCAAUUGGUGCAUUGUUUGAUAAAGGUAUUACAUUUCGUGCAGGUGUUGUAUGUGUACAAAAAUAUUGGAAAUUAUUAUUAAAAUAUAUUUUGGAUGGACAUAUUGAUUUAACUAAAAUUAUAACACAUAUCUUGCCAUUAGAAGAAGCUCUUCUUGGAUAUCAAUUAUUUGAUGAACAAAAAAAUGAUUGUAUCAAAGUUAUUUUAAAACCUGAUAUAGAUUACUUUCAACACAAACAAAUUUAA